AUGAGCCCCGAUGACUGGGUGCCCGUGCGGAGCACCGAGAGGGACAAGGGAUACCCCCUCGCCACGUUGAUGCGGGUGGUCUACGGCGAGGACAUGGGCAUGGGAGAAGGGUACAGCAGGUGUUUCUCGAUCAUGUAUCGACUAGCUCUGGAGCUGGGCGCGGUCGACAGUGUAAAAAGCCCUGACGGCACGGUCAUCACGGGGUUUAAUGAUGACCUUGCUGAAAUACUACGACAACAUCUUACCCCGGGGCAGGAACGAUCAUUUUACAUUCUAUGGGAAUGGUGGGCGACGUGUUCCCGAGUAUGUAUUGUGGACGAAGCAGAAGGUGAAUACGAUGAUGAUUACGACGACCUCUUUGGCGACGACGAGUCUGACUUCUACCCACAAAACCACGUAGAGCGCGAGACGAUCCACGAGGCUGGUGGGAUCCGGUACAAACUCCGCUUCAACUGCCUCUAUAACAAGUGCAUGGCAACGCUGUUCAAUUCUGAAUUUGAGAACUUCAAAACACACCGAAGCGGCGACGAGCUGGUGAACCUUCGACGGGACUUGGCGCAGGAAGCUGCUUGUCUAACCAUUGCGAUUGAAGCUUGCUCCCCGCGAAGCCAAACCCAACAGCCAGCUCAAGUGCCAUACUCCCCAGAUGGCCAGAGUUAUCUCGCUCACCGGUCAGAGAGUUCCCCGGUCUGGUGCGCAGGGAGACGGGUCCUGGGGAGCAUCGACCUACCCGGGCUGGAUCCUCGCUGCAGCGCCGGCUCCAGUAUCGACUCCUGCCCCUGGCUGGGAGAGAUCAGCGGGCUCCCACUUUACUUGUGGGAUGUGAAAGAGCGGAGGACAGUGGAGGUCUUUUCGCUGUGGGAAGAAUACGAAUUCGACAUCCCGUACACAGCCAUCAGUCACACCUGGGGCCGGUGGCGGCAGCGCGAUCAGCCUGGGGUUAACAUGAAAUCGCGCGUGCCGUGGCUGAUCCCGCGGAACUCACUGUUCGAUGUCGAGCGACUACCAGAUAUCCUGGCGCAGAUCCCGACGGAUACCCCCUAUAUCUGGUUUGAUCUGGUUUGUAUUCCGCAGGAGGGCUGCGGGGAGGAGCUUGACGAGCAGCUGCGGCAGGCCAUGUGGACGGAGGUUGCGAGCCAGGCAUCCAUCUUCAAGAGCGCUAAACACACCAUUGCUUGGUGGAAUACCGACUCCGCCCCGGAGUCCUGGGACGGCAUGCGCAGCGCCAUCCAGUGGAUGUCCUCCAUAUAUCUGGACCUCCAGUUCUCGGAGUGGGACGAGUCUUCCAUACGUAUCCCGCCGUGGAAAGCGCAUGACCAGCUCCAGGCCACGGGGCUGUUCUCACCGGACAUGACCAUCCUGCCCUGGUUCAGCUCCCUGUGGACGCUGCAGGAAGUGUGCCUGCGCCCUGACAUCUGGAUCUGCAACAAGAACCUCGACCUCCUCACGGUAGGCGACAACGGGGCCCUCGUCGCCUUCAACACGCUCGUCUCCCUCGCUGAACGAGUAAAAAGCACACUCAUUAGGGAGCUUAACGAUCUAGCUACUCCAGCAGACCGCCUUCUCGAGCGCUGGAAGCCCCUCGUCCACCCAGGCUUCCACGAAGUACUCGACCUCCUCCAUCGCACAGGAAUGGACAAUCUCCAUGAGCUGAAGCGCGAGCAGAUCCUCUUCCUAGCGACCAGCCGAUACUGCAGCCACAGCCGUGCGCAGGCGAUCAUGUCUGUCCUCGGCAUAAAAGAAUGGUACAACUCCGCCACUGCCAUGCCGGAGCAGCGCCAGCCCAACAAACCAGGCUUCGUCUUCGACCAGUACCCGCUCGCCUUCGUGCAGGAGGUCGCGAGCAAUUUGGGCUCUAGCUUCUUCAUCACCGCCAUUCUAGCGGAUUACCCGCCCGUCGACAACGUGAAAACUCAGGACGUAGUCCGGGGCACUAUGCUCCCCUUCCGGGCCCGGAUCUCCGAGCCGCGACGCGUGGAUGUGCCGCGCUUAGAGAUGGGGGACCAUCCGUCCGUAUCAACGUGGGAGGUCCGCGGCGAUGGGGCGGUGUUCCUACCGGAGGUGGAGAUCCUCUUCUCAUCCGAUAGCGACUAUGGUGAUAUCAAGUAUAUGAAAUGCUUUGUCGAUUUGAGUCUGCCGGUGCCUGAACAUAUUGUUGAACGGGAGCACUUCCAACCCCAAGGAAGCAUGUAUCAUGGGGAUCUCCGAUACUGGAUUAAACAGCUCAUCCCAGAGAUCUACGGAGUGAGUGGGACGUAUUAUGCUAUUCAUCUCCGGUACCGACCCGGACAAUGGGAUGGUUUGUUGUUGAAGGCCGUCGGUAGUGGAGACUCUUCGCAGCCGGAGAAGAUGAUCAAAAUCGGGAAUCUCCAUGUGCUGACCUUGGUGGGAGAUGGGGAAUAUCUGCCCAGGCGUAAAUCAGUGGACGUUAACUGGAUUGUUUUGUAG